CCUCUGUAAAUCAAUAACAUCCACUGCCUUCCUAUAAUGGCUUCAUAGGGCCUUCCAAGAAAUAUAGUCAGGCAUCGGAAAAGAGCCAAAGUAUGGCUGUGAUGAUUAGUCACUGCAUCAAUGGGCCUGGAGGCUGCUUCAUGGACAGUAAUGAAGUUAUCGUCCGCUGCUGUGUUUGGAUGUGGCUGCAGCAUGUGAGGAUGCUGAGCUGAUGAUGCUCGAGGUGGGUACCACUUUAAACGGGAUGCAGACCACGCCCUUCCCAGACCCGCCGAUAGAGGACGCUGUGGCGACCAAAGCAGGCCGAUCAAGCAGCAGCUUUUACCUCACUGCCCUUCCAGCAGCAUCUCACCUUCAACCGGCCAGACGCCCACCGCCGCACCCGAAAAACACAGAAAAGAAAACACCCGAGAGAGAAACGGGCAGCGUCAAAUUCACCAUCAAGAGGAGCCGAGCAUCAUCACAGUCGUUUGUUUUAAUGAUGUAGGGGAUCGUCUUUACGAUUUGACAUCUAAUUCAGCCAGCCCGCCUCACUGCGACACGGAAACACCGUCCAGCUGCGCAUAAAUAAAUCGCAGUCUCUCUCAGCUUGUCAACAUAAAGACGCCCAACCUCUUCACAAUCCUCACAGUCCUCCGGACGGAGAAGGACGAAGCCUCACCGCAUCCCUCCUCCUUUAUUUUGACGGUCAGAUCAGGCCCCGACCAGCAUCUGAUCGCCUCCAGCCUCAGCAGCAUCCCUCCUCCCAGCAGAAACCAGCAUCCUUCCUCCUCCUUCAGCCUGCAGCGAUGGCCGAUAUCCCGUCGGAGUGCAACAUUAAAGUGUUGUGUCGCUUUCGACCUCUCAACCAGGCCGAGAUAUUACGCGGGGACCUGUUUCUUCCCAAAUUUACAGGAGAUGACACUGUGGUCGUCGGGGGGAAGUCCUACGUGUUUGAUCGAGUAUUUCCGACCAACACCACCCAGGAGCAGGUGUACAACACCUGCGCCAAGCAGAUUGUCAAAGAUGUGUUGGGUGGAUACAACGGCACUAUCUUCGCAUAUGGACAAACCUCCUCCGGAAAGACUCACACCAUGGAGGGCAAGCUUCAUGACCCUCACCAGAUGGGUAUCAUUCCUCGCAUCGCUGAGGACAUUUUCAACCACAUCUUUGCCAUGGACGAGAACCUCGAAUUCCACAUCAAGGUUUCAUACUUUGAAAUCUACAUGGACAAAAUCCGUGACCUUCUGGAUGUGACAAAGACCAACCUGUCUGUCCACGAGGAUAAGAACAGGGUCCCAUAUGUAAAGGGAUGCACCGAGCGUUUCGUCUCCAGCCCUGAUGAGGUUAUGGAUGUGAUCGACGAGGGCAAAUCUAACCGCCAUGUUGCUGUGACCAACAUGAACGAGCACAGCUCUCGCAGUCACAGCAUCUUCCUGAUCAACAUCAAGCAGGAGCAUGUGGAGACUGAGCAGAAGCUGUGUGGAAAACUCUACCUGGUGGAUCUGGCUGGCAGCGAGAAGGUCAGUAAGACUGGGGCUGCAGGAGCCGUCCUGGAUGAGGCUAAAAACAUCAAUAAGUCUCUUUCUGCUCUGGGAAACGUCAUCUCUGCCUUGGCUGAGGGCACGAAAACUCACGUGCCGUAUCGUGACAGUAAAAUGACCCGCAUCCUGCAGGACUCGCUGGGUGGAAACUGUCGCACCACCAUGUUCAUCUGCUGCUCUCCCUCCAGCUACAACGAUGCUGAAACCAAGUCCACUCUGAUGUUUGGACAACGUGCCAAGACCAUCAGGAACACCGCUUCCAUCAACCUGGAGCUGACAGCGGAGCAGUGGAAGAGGAAGUACGAGAAGGAGAAGGAAAAGAACAAGACUCUGAAGGACACCAUCCAGAAGCUGGAGGCCGAGCUCAACCGCUGGAGAAAUGUCUCGUCAUCAAUCCCCGCAGGAGAGGACGUGCCUGAGACUGAGCGGACCGAGCCGGAGAUUGUGACCCGUUUCGAGUCCGUGGAGGAGCGCCCCAUUUUGGACAACGACACCUCCUCCAUUGUGGUCCGCAUUUCUGAGGAGGAGCGUCAGAAAUAUGAAGAGGAAAUCCGCAAGCUGUACAAGCAGCUGGAUGACAAGGAUGAUGAGAUCAACCUGCAGUGCCAGCUGGUGGAGAAACUGAAGCAGCAAAUGCUGGACCAGGACGAGCUCCUGGCCUCGUCCCGUGGCGACGGGGACAAGGUCCAGGCUGAACUCGGCAGGCUGCAGGUGGAGAGCGACUGCGCCAAGGCUGAGGUGAAGGAGGUGCUGCAGGCUCUGGAGGAGCUAGCCAUCAACUACGACCAGAAGAGCCAAGAGGUGGAGGAGAAAGGCCUGCAGAACCAGUUGCUGGCCGACCAGCUGGCCCAGAAAAUGGCCAGUCUGAUGGAGCUGGAGGCAGAGCUGUCUCGUAUGCAGGAAGUGAGUGGUCAGCAGAGGAAGCGCAUCGCUGACGUCCUCAACGGGCUGAUGAGGGAUCUCAGUGAGUUCAGCACCAUUGUGGGCAACGGAGAGAUCAAGCUGCCGGUGGAGAUCAGUGGUGCGAUCGAGGAGGAGUUCACGGUGGCUCGCCUCUACAUCAGUAAGAUCAAAUCGGAGGUGAAGAGCAUGGUGAAGCGCUGCCGCCAGCUGGAGAACAUGCAGCUGGAGUGCCACCGCAAGAUGGAGGAGACCGGGAGGGAGCUCUCCUCCUGCCAGCUCCUCAUCUCUCAGCAUGAGGCAAAGAUCCGCUCUCUAACCGAGUACAUGCAGAGCGUGGAGCAGAAGAAGAGGCAGCUGGAGGAAAGCCACGACUCCCUGAGCGAAGAGCUGGCCAAGCUGCAAGACCAGGAUAACUCCCUGCUUGAGGAGAAGGAAGGAGAGAAGGGUGAGACUGAGGAGGGAAAUGUCAAGAAGGUUCCUCGCCAGCAGGGAGAGUCUCACCGCGGCCUCCAUCACAAGCAACUGGCCCGCCUGCGGGAUGAGAUCAAUGAGAAGCAGAGGAUCAUCGACGAACUCACUGAUCGCAACUCCAAGCUGGAGCUGGAGCUGGCUCAGGUUCGUGCUGACUUUGAGCGCCUGAAGAGUCAGGACAGCACCAAGAGCGAGCGCCUGGAGGAGCUCUCAUUCCUGCACGAGCGCCAUGAGCAGACAAAACAGGACUUGAAGGGUCUGGAGGAGACCGUCGCCCGCGAACUCCAGACCCUCCACAACCUGCGCAAGCUGUUCGUUCAAGACCUCACGUCGCGGGUUAAAAAAAGUUCCGAAAUGGAACCUGAUGAUAGCGGGGGGUCUUGCACCCAGAAGCAGAAGAUUUCCUUUCUUGAGAAUAACUUGGACCAACUUACAAAGGUUCACAAACAGCUGGUUCGUGACAAUGCAGAUCUGCGUUGUGAGCUUCCAAAGCUGGAGAAACGUCUUCGGUCUACUGCUGAGAGAGUUAAGGCCCUGGAGACUGCACUGAGGGAUGCCAAGGAGGGCGCCAUGAUGGACCGCCGCCGCUACCAGCAGGAGGUCGACCGCAUCAAGGACGCCAUGAGGGCAAAGAAUUCCCAGAGGCGUUCCCAUGCAGCACAGAUUGCCAAGCCAGUGAGACCGAAGCAGCUGAGCGGCGUCUGCUCUCCCACCAACCCGUUCUACACCGUCAUCCGCGCCUCUGAACAAGCCAACACCUACAGCAAUGCCCUCUUCCAGAGCAACGGGUCACUGCAGAGCUCCAUCAACUGUAACCCCAACUCUGUCCAGAGCAACACAGUUUCCACAGCGCUGGGCUACAGAGCAGGCAGAUAUAAUGGAGACAUACUGGAGUCCUACCCACUCAACAUUGACAAUGGUAACACCAUCAGUGAAACGAGAGACAUCAAUGACAACAGAAGUGAUGUUCACUGUGGCAGCGAGGUGGAUGAUUCAAACAGGCACUACAUCAUUCAGCAGGAGACCGCUGCGAGUUAAUACCAUGAUAAGACCAGACACUGUACCCGUCCAACGACCGUCCCCUCUCAUCUGCAUGCAGCCCGUCUCCCUGUCCCUCCACUGCAUCACUGAUGAAGAUGACGAUGAAGAUCUGUAGCCCUUUAGUCCUCUAACUAUAUGAAGCCCCUCCUGCUCCUGUGGUGACCACUCUCACCUUCAGGUUUGGGGUCCAGUGUCCUCCAAUUCAAUCAGCGCAGGAAAUAAGUCAGAAUUAGUUUUUUUUUAAAUAUAGAACUUUACUUAAUUCAUUGAUCCUUCAGCCAAUCAGUUUGUCACCAGAUAUCACUGAUGCUGAUUUCCUCCUAAGGUGGUUGAAUUGAAACGGGACUGACUCCAUCUCUGAUUACUUAGUACACACAUGUUGUAAAUAAUAGUGCUGUAUACUCCAGUAGAGGUUUUUGACCAGCAACUGUUUGUGUGAAUGCACAGCCUCCACCGUCCCCUGCACACAUCUUCUUAAGGGCAUCAUGUGGAUGACAUACUGUAGGCAGACAUGACCUUUUUCUCUGUCGUAAAUAAGAGUAUAGUGUGUUAACGCCAGCUUGUAACAGAAGACCCACACCCUGCAUGCAUGUCGCUUAGCGGGUUAGCUUUCAAAUCUUUGCAUGUGUCAUGAUUCCAGUCAGGAGCUGGUAUGCUGCGCGUGAAGCGUCUGAUCGACUUUGACAGAUGUCAAAGAGAGAGAGAGAGAGCUGGUUUCCCUUAAUCCUGGUCCUGGUGUCAGUGCUUUAGGUUUUCUAUUUUAAAGUAGAUUUGAGUCCGAGACUGGGUCGUUAUGUUAAUGUGGCGUAAACACAGAAAAAUCGACAAAAACAUCAUCUGAGUUUAGUUUUAAUUUAACAGAAGAGGACAUCAGAUGCAAAGUGCGUCGGGGAAACUCAGCCCAGGCUUGCAGUCUGUAAUGACAACAACUUUUGUAAUAGCUUUGAUACUGUGAUGUUUGCAGCUGUAUUAUGUGCAUUUCAGGUAAUGCUGCCCACAUCCAUUUAAUGUGGCUCCUUCCCUGCAUCGCACCCACACCUUGUGAGUCUUCUUACCGAGCCUUAAAAAGAGCUGAUCUCUCGUGAUCAAACUAACACGCUGUCAUGUGCAUACAUUUGUAAUUACUACCUCUAGAGCUACUUAUUAUACACUUAUUACAGUAUACUAAGAUAUCAUCCUUUCAACUGCUGAAUAAGAGCUAAUCUUAGAGUUUCUAGAGAAAGUUGUGACUUUAGUACGCCAGUCGCUGUAAGUAUAGAGCAGUAGUUAUUUUCUCUUGAAAAUCCCUUCAUACACAUUUUCCUUCUCCAUCAUGUAGCAGGAUCAGAGCUGGAUUAAAUGUAAAGUUAUACAGUUGACAUACUUCCCCUGCGUUAUCUUGAUUUUGAUUUGUGCGGUAACAUCUAAGAACCUUUUAAGAUUGUACGGAUGUGGUUCAGUGAUUCAGUCCCCAGCUGAGCAGCCACCAGUCUUGGAUGGACACAGACACUUUGACAGAAGCUUGUUGUUUGAAGCUUGUUUUGAGGUUGUGGUGUAAUUCUUCUCUUAGAAAUCCUGACCAGCCAAUCAGGAUAAGAAGAAAGCAGCAUGUCUCAGGUGUGCGAUGAGGAGAUGAAUGCAUUUGAACUGUGCUGACUCACUGAAUUACUGAAGGACAGAUCAGCGCUGAAGUGUCUCGCUGUUAUCGGAAACAUGCAAAAGAACCAAACAGCUUUUUUGCAUAAGUGACAGGGGUGCUGAAAGAUAAGUUUCACCAGAUACAUUUAAUCUCCAUUUAAGUUUACUCUGAUCAGAUUCCUCAGAGUUUGUUGAGCAUCUAUUUCUAUUUGCAUAACAAAAUCUUCAAAAUCUUUUAUACUCAAAAUUGUUUCUCUAUGUUCAGUGUAUGACAUCGCAUGACUGGACUUGUUCUACGUGUCACUAAGCCCAAAUACUGCAGGAAAGUGUGAUCCUCUGCAGUCGUCUGAUCCUUAACAGCCUCAACCAUGACAGCGCCGCUCGGUCUCAUGCUCUUACUGGCAUUAACAACAUCUCAGGGCUUCACAUUCACAGUCAUAACCACCACGGGCCAUCACCACUGUCUUCCUCAUAGGCUUAAAACUAUGUGAUUGCCGAUAAUCAAGUCAGCGUGUCCAAUACAGAAAUAACCAUCAUUUUCCCAAAUAAUCAUCAUUUUCUACAUGUACAACACCUUCAUUCUAGCACAUGACAUCCAAAAUAAUCCCUCAGCCACACCCUGGUCAGACCCUACUGUACGUGUCCAAGCAGACCCUCUAUUUGACAUGUUUUAAGUGUAAUAAAUUUGAAGGGGGGAGGGGGGUGAAUGUGUGCUAUAUUGUCAUCUGCUAUUCCACUGUCUGAUUUUAACAUAUCUAAAAUACAUGUGCUAUAUAUUGUUAAUCUUGUAAGAAAAAGAGCGUGCCGCGGCAUAGAAAAAAUGCAAAAGAGAGGUACACGCAAACUCUGUUCAGAGAAAAAUCCCAAAUGUUUGUUUUAUUUAUUAUACUGUAGCGUCGACAUGAUUAUGUGAAUCACCGUGCAAAACUUCUGUAUAUAUAGACACAUCACUAUGCUGUAUUGUACGUGAACCAUUGUGUUGUAGUAAAAAGUUCAAUAAACUUGUA